AUUGUCUUUUCAAUUCAGUUUUGAACCGUUAUAUUAUUUUCUAACUAUUUUAUCGUUUAUUAUGUGAACCAAUACACGUACAAUCGUCGAGCCCACAUAAUAUUACAGUGCAUUCGUUUUCUUGCUAAUCUACGUGCAUGUGCAGUUCCACCAAGAAUUGUCUGCCCGAACGACACUCCAACCGAUCAUAAAAGAAAAUCACCGUCGGGAAGAACUUGAAGCAUCUGAUGGCUCUGUCGGGUUCCGUGAACCGAACGAUGAUCAAAGAUUUAUUCUCAAGACUUGACGAAGACAGGGAAGCGUUGGUAAGAAAAUUAAACACCGGCGAAGACCUGUACCCGAACUGUGACAAUUCUAUAUGGCUUCGAAGUUGUACAAAAGAGACUACUAGUCCAAUUCAUGGAAAACCCAAAGGUAAAAUACCAAAAUGGUUAACCGGAUCACUGCUAAGAAACGGACCAGGUUGCAUGAGUGUCGGGGAAUUUGAAUUCAAACACUUAUUCGAUAACUCAGCGUUGUUACAUAGGUAUGCACAUCAUUGUAUUAUGAUGACACUUGUUUCCAUGGUGUACAGAAUUUCAGUCUUCUCAAACAGAUUUGCAUUUGAUAACGGCACAGUAACGUACCAAUGCAGAUUUUUGAAAUCUAAUACUUACAAACAAAACCACGCAGCUCAGAGGAUUGUCGUCACAGAGUUCGGAACUAGAGCUUGCCCAGACCCAUGUCAAACGAUUUUCCACAGGUUUGCCAAUGUGUUCAAUUGGAACUUCGACGAAACAGAUAACGCAAUGAUAUCAAUAUAUCCGAUUGGAGAUGAAUAUUAUGCACUAACGGAGUUUCCUGUGAUGAUCAGAAUAGAUCCCAAGACCCUGGAAACGCUCGAUAAUGUUAAUAUUGCUAAGAAAAUGGGCAUAGUGCACCACACUGCGCAUCCGCUUUUAGCGUCCAACGGGGACGUGUACAAUUUGGCGACUAUCCCUAAAAUAGACGGUCCUUACUAUGGCGUGGUCCGUUUUCCUCGGUGCGAUCCAGAAACCGGACAACAGCAUUCCGGUGCCGAUGGGAUGUUCGAUAAAAUGCACGUGGUGGCUUUGGUUAAGUGUCGAUGGCCUUUGCACCCGGGCUACAUGCACACGUUCGGUAUGACCGAACAUUAUUUUGUCGUAGUCGAACAACCGUUGAGCGUGUCCAUACCGACGGCGCUGGUGAACCGAUUCAACGGAGAACCACUGUCUUCUGCUCUUAAAUGGUUCCCAGACCAUCCGACUUUAAUUCAUUUGAUUUCUCGAGUCGACGGACAAACAGUAACGACUUAUGAGGCCGAGUCUUUUUUCUACCUUCACAUCAUCAACCAGUACGAAAACAACGAUAGCGUAGUGAUCGAUAUUUGCUGUUACCGAGAUCCAGCCAUGCUCGAUUGUUUGUACAUAAAAGAGUUACAAAACCUGAACAAAAAUCCAGAUUAUGCAGCCAUGUUCCGGAGUCGGCCGCUUAGAUUUAUGUUGCCAUUGACCGGCCAAAAAAACGGUGGAAGAUUGGCGGCACAACACCCGUUUGUAUGGCCAGAGGCACUGUGCGAUUUAGGAUGUGAAACUCCCAGGAUAAACGAAUGUAGGGCGGGGAUCAAAUAUAGGUUUUUCUACGCCAUUUCGUCGGACGUGGACGCAAAAAAUCCGGGCACGAUCAUCAAAGUGGACACUGUCAACAAAAAGUGUAUAACUUGGUGUGAACGAAACGUUUACCCUAGUGAACCGAUUUUCAUCGCAUCGCCCAACGCUGAAGACGAGGACGACGGAGUGGUGAUGUCUUCGAUUGUCUGGGGAGGAACUGAACAUCAACGUCGAACAGGAGUUUUAGUUUUGGAUGCAACAACUUUGAAGGAAUUGGGCCGGGUGACGUUUGACACAGAAUCCCCAGUGCCAAAAUGCUUACACGGGUGUUUUAGGUGCAGCGGUACGAUGGUCAACUUUUUAAACUGUCUUUUUAAAGACAACCUGUGUAUUAAUAAUGCCUUUGUUUUACAUAUUUUUAUUAUAUACAUAUAUAUUGACCUAUUUUCAUAGUUAAGAUAAAUCAUUUCUUAGUCAUACGAUACACUAAAUGCGCAAGAUAAGCCAACGUCAACAUAUUUUAUGUACACUUUUCUUGUAUCGUAUGUAUAAUGUUUGUAUACAUUUUAGAAAAAAACCCGCGUAACGACCUGGGGACGGAUAUAAUUACUUUCUUUAAUUUAAAUUGUUAACGUUCGUUUUUGGAAAACUACCCUACAAUUAAAUAAAAAAAUACACCUAAAGGUGCGUGCAUUCUUUAACUUAAGUGUAUAUUGUAAAUGGUCUGGUUUUUUACGCAGCUUUUUCUCCAAACCAUUAAGUUAACUUAAAUUCUAUAAACUUGUGAUUACACAUAAUUUUAUUUUAUAAAUAUUAUUCACCAGAUGCACGUCCACAUUGUUUGUGACCCAAUAGAUUUUAACUUAAUAAUGACGGAAUUUUUAAAUGUGGUGUA